UAGUUUGCAUCGUACACUUCCCGAGUGUGGAAGGCAAAAGUCUCGACUGCUCCGUAAUCGUGUGUGAGGCUCGUGUGUGUUUUAUGUCGUUUCUUGUUUUGUGCCGCCCAAUGAAAGAACUAGCAGCAGCAGCAUAGAAAUCAUGAGCACAAAACAGCAGCAUUAAGUCUCUGUUUUUUUCCUCGGCAAUCCGCGGUUCGCGUUCGCGUACGUUUUGAUUCUGAUUCGGUUUGUUGCGCUACCAUCCUUGUGUUCCUAGUGCUUUUCCGCGUAGAGUUUCCCAGCCUGCACUGGUGUUCAUUCAUAAAGUGUACGGAGGAGGGCGAAGAAAAGAACAUACCAGCGCACUCAGGCGGAGGCUCCUAGGAGCCAGAAAAGUGUGAGUUUGUGUGUUAUAAUGAAAAACACAGUGUGCCAGGAGCAAAACAGCCCGAAAAUCAAUGAAAAUUGUGCCUCCUUGGCGUGAAGAAAAGCGAAGGAAGGCAGAAAGUUCGUGAGCAGAGUGAGUGCUGAGGAGCAGUGCCAAACCGAACGAACGAGAUGAAUCCAAGUGGGCCUAGGCAAUGAUUAUUUAAUGUCAACUGAGGUGUACUCUCUGCUUCGGUGAAUUCCGAGUGUGAUCGAUACGCGAUAAGUGAUUAGUGCUCCCUCAGGCGGCUACUGACGACGGUGAGGAGAACGGAGAUGCAAAGGAUCUCCCGGGCGUGUGAUGGGGCUGUGUAGAUAAGGGCGAAAACCGAAGAAAAUGAUAGCGCGCCCCCAUCGUGAAGAAGCAGGGAAAAACUUGUGAGAUUUGUGAAAAUUGGCAAAACCCUAAAAAGGCGAAGAACGAAGAAGAGUAAGAGCGUACGUGUUAUCAGCACCCGCACCGAGUGUUCUGAACUGUGAGGUAAAUUCCGAAAAAAAAAAUAAAACAGCACGGAAAAAGUACAAAAGUAGGAGAAACUUUAAGAGUAGCAGUAGCAGCAGGAGCAACCGGGCUGGAGGAAUGAAUUGUGUCUGUAUGUGCGCGCCUCAUCUUAGCGAGGAUUAAUGUGCAAGCCUAAUCAGAAAUAGUCGCUGCCGUCGCCAAUCAACCCACCAUCGCCAUAGUCACAGACGGACGCAGUAGCCAGGGGUGGCGAAAAAAAUUGUGAUUAUCAUCCACGGUGGAUCUACGCGCCGACUACGAUGCGCUCUCACACGCACUCGCGCGCUAUCAGUGACAAAUAUGAAAAUAAUAUGUAAAUUUAUGAAAAUUUGAUAAGUUUUUUUCUUCCGCUGUUUGGUGUUUACGUUCAAAUUGGUUCGAGUGUGCGAUUUUUUUUUUCUCGGCGUUCCGUUCAUUUGUAACAUAAUCGGGAUUUUUAUCGCGUGCAAUCCGGGCCUGUGCGGGGAAAAAAAUGUCAUGAUUUAUCUCGGUCGCGCGCGGCGAGGUGUUUCUGUCGAGCUAUUAAAUUUAACAACAAUUUACACGAAUGAAAGUCAAGUGCAUUACGGCGGAAAAAUUGCUUCGUCUGCCAAGGGAAGAAAUUUGAUCAAGUGAAUGUCAAGGGAGAUCGAGAAAGAGAGAGAGAGUGAGAGAAGGAGAGAAGUACUUCGAAGUGAUGCAGUAAAUUAAAGAACGACGAAAGGAGGAGCAAAGAAGAGAAAGAGUGAUAGAGGGAAGGAGGAGUGGAGCACUAUUAUCAGAGGAUAAAAACAGCCCUAAAUGUGUGUGGUGGUAUUGCAGCGGCCAAGAUGAACACGUACGAUUACGAUUAUACUGCAACCAUGGAGUGCCGAGAUAAUGGAAUACUUCGUGGAGCCGUGAAAAAUAACACAAGAGGCUGCCUCCUGGACGGAGUUCCGCCUUCAGCUCCACCAGAUGUACCACCGCGUAAUCCAACAAUGAAUCGGAUGAAUGGUCGCGUCACCGGUAACCCUACGGAGCUAGGCGUCGACUUUGAGCCGUCGUGUCUGGUGCGAACGCCAUCGGGCAACGUGUACAUUCCGAGCGGAAAUCUAGCAAUUAAUAACAAAGGAUCACCGAUAGACUACAAAACGGGCUCGGCCUGUUCAUCCCCGACGAAGGACACGCUCAAGAGCUACGACCGCAACUGCAUGGGUCCGGUACUGCCACCCCGGAGCGCCAUGUGUGGUCCCCCGUCGCACCACUACUCCGCGCCGAUGAACUUUCGCAAAGGCUUCACCUUCACCAAAUGUACAUGGAAGUGUACGGCUAUACUAGUUGUAUUAUUAUGUGUUAUACUUGUUAUAACAUUAUUAUUAACAGCAUCUAACGUAUUAAGUAUAUCAUAUCCAACCACCAAUCCCUGUACAGUUCUAGUCGAUGAAAAGGCAGAAAUCUCUGCAGCCAAAAGUACGAUAGCGGACGUGAACCGGGCAGCGGGUCCUGUUAGCACCGGAACGGUUCCCGGACGGCCCAAACCGUCCGGCAGCGGAAGUAGUAGCGGGGGCAGUGCGGCUGAUUCGCCCUCGCAUAGUUCCGCUACCGCAUCCGCAUCUGCGUCAGCGGUGUCAACCGCGUCGGCCAACAGCAAUAGCAAUAGCAAUAGCAAUGCAAACAGCAACAACAAUAACGGAGGUGCACGAACAUUCCCAGCACGAAGUUUCCCACCCGAUGGCACCACCUUCUCGCAGAUCACCCUCGGCCAGCGGCUGUCGAAGGAAAUUCCCCCGUACAGCUACUGGAACAUGCAGUUCUACCAAUCGGAACCGGCGUACGUCAAGUUCGACUACGGGAUCCCGCGGGGCGCCUCGAUCGGCGUCUAUGCCCGGCGGAAUGCCCUGCCAACCCACACGCAGUACCAUUUUAAGGAGGUACUCAGCGGAUUCAACGCCCGGCAGACGAGGGCCACACAUCCUUCGAUGCGCCGCGAAGUGACCCGCUACAUGGAACCCGGUCACUGGUUCCUGUCGAUCUACAACGACGAUGGAGACGCCCAAGAGAUUACGUUCUAUGCGCUCGUUGCCGAGGACAUGACCCAAAACUGCCCGAACGGUUGCUCUGGAAAUGGCCAAUGCCUGCUGGGACACUGUCAAUGUAAUCCAGGCUACGGAGGAGAUGACUGUAGCGAAAGCGUCUGUCCGGUGCUUUGUUCGCAACGUGGCGAAUACAUCAACGGCGAGUGUCAGUGCAAUCCCGGCUGGAAGGGCAAGGAGUGCUCACUGCGGCAUGACGAGUGCGAGGUUCCGGACUGCAAUGGCCAUGGGCACUGCGUCAGCGGAAAGUGCUCGUGCGUGAGAGGAUACAAGGGAAAAUACUGCGAAGAAGUGGACUGUCCCCAUCCAACCUGUUCGGGCCAUGGAUUCUGUGCCGAGGGUACGUGCAUCUGCAAGAAGGGCUGGAAGGGACCGGACUGUGCCACCAUGGAUCAGGAUGCGUUGCAAUGCCUACCGGACUGUUCCGGCCACGGGUCGUUCGAUCUGGACAGCCAGACGUGCACCUGCGAGCCGAAGUGGAGUGGAGAGGACUGUUCGCAGGAACUAUGCGAUCUGAACUGUGGCCAACAUGGGCGUUGCGUGGGCGACAGCUGCAGUUGCGAUCCCAGCUGGGGAGGAGAGUUUUGCAACAGUAAACUGUGCGAUCCGAGGUGCAACGAGCAUGGGCAGUGUAAGAACGGAACGUGCCUGUGUGUUACCGGAUGGAAUGGAAAGCACUGCACCUUGGAGGGUUGUCCAAAUGGGUGCUCUCAACAUGGCCAGUGUCACGUAAGUGGGGAACUGAUGUGGGAAUGCCGUUGCUAUGAAGGAUGGGACGGUCCGGACUGUUCGAUGCCGUUGGAACAGAAUUGCGGCGAUAACAAGGACAACGACAGAGAUGGCCUUGUGGACUGCGAGGACCCCGAGUGCUGCGGAAGCCACUCGUGCCUGACCAGUCAGCUGUGCGUAUCGGCACCAAAACCGAUCGACGUUCUCCUCCGGAAGCAACCGCCAGCCAUUACGGCGUCCUUCUUCGAACGGAUGAAGUUCCUCAUCGACGAGGGCAGCCUGCAGAACUACGCCAAGCUGGAAACCUUCAACGAAAGCGUUUUUUGGAAUCAUUUUAACGCAAGCCGGUCGGCCGUCAUCCGAGGUCGGGUAGUGACGUCGCUGCAGAUGGGACUGGUCGGAGUGCGCGUCAGCACGUCUACACCCCUGGAGGGCUUCACACUGACCCGCGACGACGGAUGGUUCGAUUUGAUGGUCAACGGAGGCGGCGCCAUUACGUUACAAUUUGGAAGAUCACCAUUCCGGCCGCAGACCCGAAUCGUACAGGUUCCUUGGAAUGAGGUAGUCAUAAUCGACACCGUCAUCAUGUCAACUAUGGAUGAUAAGGAGAAAACUGGACCACCGCAUACCUGUUUCUCGCACGACUACGACUCGAUGAAGCCCGUGGUGCUGGCGACGUGGAAACACGGCUUCCAGGGAGCUUGUCCUGAUCGUAGCGCGAUCCUGGCGGAAUCUCAAGUCGUUCAAGAAUCCCUGGCAAUUCCUGGAACGGGACUAAACUUGGUAUACCACAGCAGCAGAGCUGCCGGCUACUUGUCAACAAUCAAACUACAAUUGACUCCGGAUACGAUUCCACCAACACUGAAGCUGAUACACCUUCGAAUCACCAUCGAAGGUAUCCUGUUCGAACGAGUCUUCGAAGCCGACCCAGGAAUCAAGUUCACCUAUCCGUGGAACAGGCUCAACAUCUAUCGUCAGCGAGUUUACGGCAUUACCACGGCGGUCGUCAAAGUUGGCUACCAAUACACCGAUUGUAAGGACAUCAUUUGGGAUGUUCAAACCACCAAGCUGAGCGGUCACGAUAUGAGUAUUUCCGAAGUGGGUGGAUGGAACCUGGAUAUUCACCAUCGGUACAACUUCCACGAAGGUAUCUUGCAGAAGGGUGAUGGUUCCAACAUUUACCUGAAGCACAAGCCUCGGGUGAUCCUGACUACCAUGGGCGACGGACAUCAACGGCCGCUGGAAUGUACCGACUGCAACGGAAUUGCCUCAAAGCAGAAAUUGCUGGCACCGGUAGCCCUAGCAGCAGCUCCAGACGGUAGUCUGUACGUUGGUGACUUCAACUACAUCCGUAGAAUCAUGAUCGACGGUACCGUGAAGACUGUAGUGAAACUCAACGCCACUCGAGUUUCCUAUCGCUAUCACAUGGCACUGAGCCCACUUGAUGGUUCACUGUACAUCUCUGAUCCCGAAUCCCAUCAGAUCAUCAAGGUUAAGAACAAGGACGAUUCGCAUGAUCCAGAGCACAAUUGGGAGCCGGUCGUUGGCAGCGGAGAACGAUGUCUACCUGGUGAUGAAGCUCACUGCGGAGAUGGAGGUCUAGCCCGAGAUGCCAAACUGGCUUACCCGAAGGGGGUUUCCAUUUCCUCGAACAAUGUCCUGUACUUUGCCGACGGCACCAACAUCCGUAUGGUAGAUCGGGACGGAGUCAUCAAGACCUUAAUCGGUAAUCACAUGCACAAAUCACACUGGAAACCAGUUCCCUGCGAGGGAACGCUCAAGAUUGAAGAAAUGCACCUUCGCUGGCCCACCGAGCUCACUAUAAACCCGCUGGACGACACACUGCACAUCAUCGACGAUCACAUGAUCCUCCGGAUGACCCCCGAUGGUCGCGUACGAGUUAUCGCCGGUCGGCCCCUGCACUGUGCUUCGGCUUCCCCGACAACCUUCGAUUCGGAUCUCGCCGCUCACGCCACCCUAGUUAUGCCACAAAGCAUCGCUUUUGCUCCAUCCGGCGAUCUCUACGUUGCGGAAAGCGACUCGCAAAGAAUCAACCGUAUUCGAGUGAUCGGCACCGAUGGAAAAGUAGCCGCCUACGCUGGAGCCGAAUCCAAGUGCAACUGCCUCGAGCGAGGUUGUGAUUGCUACGAAGCCGACCACUACCUAGCUAUCAGUGCCAAAUUCAACACUAUCUCGGCCAUCACCGUCACACCCGAUGGCCACGUGCAUAUCGCCGAUCAGGCCAACUACCGCAUCCGAUCGGUUAUCUCAAGUCUUCCAGAAGCGGGCACCUCCAAGGAGUACGAAAUCUAUGCCCCCAACGCGCAGGAGAUCUAUGUGUUCAACCGCUUCGGCCAACAUAUCGCCACCAAGAAUAUCAUGACUGGGGAAACGACGUACAGUUUCCUAUACAACGUCAACACGUCCAAUGGUAAACUAAGCACCGUUACGGACGCCGCCGGAAAUAAGGUGUUCCUGUUGCGAGACUACACCUCCCAGGUAAACUCAAUCGAGAAUACCAAGGGUCAAAAGUGCCGGCUACGGAUGACGCGUAUGAAGAUGCUGCACGAACUGAACACUCCGGACAACUACAAUGUCACAUUCGAUUAUCACGGACCAACGGGCCUUCUGAAGACGAAGCUCGACUCAACGGGACGCUCGUACGUGUAUAACUACGACGAAUUCGGUAGGUUGACCUCAGCUGUCACUCCGACCGGAAAGGUCAUCGACCUCUCGUUUGAUCUAAGCGUCAAGGGAGCUACCGUUAAGAUAACGGAAAACUCGCAGCGAGAAGUUUCCAUGCUGAUUCAGGGAUCAUCGGUUGUGUCGCGAGUUGGCGAAGCUGCCACCAAGACUACGGUUCAGGUUGACGGAGGUACCACCAGUGUUUCACCAUGGGGCAAUACGGUUUCAGUUGAAUCGGUGCCGUACAUUCUGCUAGCGGAAAUCGAUCCUUUACUGGGUGAAAGUUACCCAGUGCCGUCGAAGCAGCGAACCGAGAUCAAUGGAGACCUGUCGAACCGCUUCGAGUGGAGAUACUUUAUCAGGCAUGUUCCGGUUAGGGGUAAGAAUUCUCGUUCACUGACUCAGGUCGGAAGGAAGCUGCGCGUGAACGGAGAGAAUCUCCUAACGUUCGAAUUCGAGAAGGACAGCUCGUCGAUCACCGUUUCGGUAGACGAUAAGACUGAACUGUUGAAUGUAACCUAUGACAAGUCUUCCCGACCGAUUUCCUAUCGUCCGCAGUCAGGUGAGUACGCUGAUGUAGAUUUGGAGUACGAUCGCUUUGGACGGUUGAUCUCGUGGAAGUGGGGUAACCUCAAGGAGGAAUACACCUUCGAUCGAGCGGGUCGUUUGAACGAGAUCAAAUACGGAGACGAAAGCUCGAUUGUGUACGCAUUCAAGGACACGAUCAGUAGUCUACCGUUGAAGGUGACAACGCCACGUCGAUCAGAUUACCUACUGCAGUAUGAUGAUGCGGGGGCAUUGCAAUCGCUGACGACCCCUAGGGGACAUAUCCAUGCCUUCUCGCUGCAGACUUCGCUAGGGUUCUUCAAGUAUCAGUACUUCUCCCCGAUCAAUCGCCAUCCGUUUGAGAUUCUGUACAACGACGAUGGGCAGAUCUUGGCCAAGAUUCACCCGCAUCAAUCCGGAAAGGUGGCGUUCGUGUAUGACAGUGCUGGACGACUGGAGACGAUUCUGGCCGGGUUGUCCUCCACACAAUACACCUAUCAGGAGAGUACGAGCCUGGUGAAGAUGGUUGAAGUUUUGGAGCCAGGAUUUGAGCUGAGAAGAGAAUUCAAGUACCAUGCCGGAGUGAUGAAGGACGAGAAGUUGAAGUUCGGUUCGAAGAGUGCUCUGGCUUCGGCACACUUCAAGUACCAGUACGAUGGCAAUGCACGGAUGAGUGGAAUCGAGAUGGAUAUCGAUGGAAAGGAUUUGCCGAUUUUGCGGUACAAGUAUGGCCAGAGUUUGGGAACGCUGGAUGCGAUAAGUGAUCUUAGGAUUACGAGGAAUGCGUUCAAUCGGACGGUGGUGCAGGACACUUCGAAGCAGUUCUUCACGAUUACGGACUUUGACGAGCAUGGUCGUGUGAAGAGUGUGUUGAUCAACAUCAAGUCGUUCGAUGUGUAUCGUUUGGAGUUGGAUUAUGAUCUGAGGAAUAGAAUCAAGACGCACAAGGUGAUGGUGGGUCGUGUGACUUCGCUGGAUAAGGUGAACUACAAUGCGGAUGGCCACGUGAGUGAGGUUGUGGGAACGAACAGCUGGAAGUAUCUGUACGACGAGAAUGGUAAUAUAAUUGGGAUAUUGGAGCACGGUGACAAAACAAAUCUGGGAUAUGACACCGGUGAUCGAGUGGUGCAGGUCGGAGACGUGGAGUUCAACAGCUACGAUGCCCGAGGCUAUGUGGUAAGGCGAGGUGAGCAAAAGUAUCGAUACAACAACCGAGGUCAAUUGAUCCACGCUCUGGAACGCGACCGCUUCCAAACCUGGUACUUCUACGACGACAUGGGCCGACUGGUGGCCAGUCAUGAUGAGAAGGGCAACGUAACGCAGUACUUCUAUGCCAACAUCAACUCGCCGGAACUGAUUACGCACAUUCACUACCCGAAGGUGUCCAGGACGUUCCGGUUCCUGUACGACGAUCGGGAUAUGUUGGUAGCGGUGGAGACGGGCGAACAGCGGUACUACGUGGCAACCGAUCAGAAUGGAUCGCCAAUCGCGUUCUUCGACAUCAAUGGUAACAUUAUGAAGGAGGUUCGCCGAACUCCGUUCGGUAAGAUUGUGAAGGAUUCGAACCCGGACUUUUUCGUACCGAUCGACUUCCAUGGUGGAUUGCUCGAUCCGAAUACUCGACUGGUGUACAUGGAGAAACGAUUGUACGAUACAGCGGUGGGACAGUGGAUGACUCCUUCGUGGGAACAGCUGGCUACGGAGAUGCAAUUGCCGACGGAUGUGUUCAUCUAUCGAUUCCAUAAUAACGAUCCAAUCAACCGGAAAGAGCCGAUGAACUACAUGAACGAUCUGAAGUCCUGGUUGAAGCUGUUCGGAUACGACGUGACCAAGAUGCAGGGAUCGAAGUACACUAAGGAUAUGAUCUACAAACCGAAUGCUAUGAUCAAGUCACCACAGUUGGCGCCGGACUUUGGCGUGAUGUCUGGAUUGCAGUGUAUUGUUGAGAAGGUGGACGAGAAGUUCUCCGACUUUGGAUUUGUGCCGAAACCGUUGCUAAAGAUGGAACUGAAGACGAGGAACUUGCUGCCAAGGGUGGCCUACCGACGAGGAGUGUUCGGUGAGGGUGUACUGAUCUCUCGGAUCGACGGACGGGCGUUAGUCAGCGUCGUUGAUGGCUCAAACAGUGUAGUUCAGGACGUUGUGUCGUCGGUGUUCAACAGUUCGUACUUCCUAGAUCUACACUUCAGCAUCCACGAUCAGGAUGUGUUCUACUUUGUCAAGGACAAUAUCAUGAAGCUACGUGAUGACACGGAAGAGCUUCGCAGACUGGGUGGAAUGUUCAACAUCUCGACACACGAGAUCAACGAUCAUGCGGGAACGAACGGCAAAGAGCUGAGGUUACAUGGACCGGACGCGGUCGUGAUCAUCAAGUACGGUGUCGAUCCCGAACAGGAGCGACACCGAAUUCUGAAGCAUGCUCAUAAGCGAGCAGUCGAGAGAGCUUGGGAACUGGAGAAGCAGCUGGUGGCUGCGGGCUUCCAAGGGCGGGGCGACUGGACGGAAGAGGAGAAAGAAGAACUGAUAUCGCAUGGUGAUGUCGAUGGAUGGGUCGGUGUCGACAUUCACAGCAUACACAAAUAUCCUCAGCUGGCGGACGAUCCGGGCAAUGUGGCCUUCCAGCGGGACUCGAAGCGGAAACGACGGAAGAGCGGAGGAUCGCACAAAACGCUAGCGUUGCGGCAACACAGGCACGAAAGCUCGUGAAAUAGUACUGGCGCUUUCGCCGCCACGUUAGCAACCCCCUCGUUAGUGUAAUAUCUCUAUCCGAUCUGUGAAGCUUUCCAAAAAAAAAAACAAAAAUGAAACGUUGCGAAAACAAGAUUUAAGCAAAUUUCAAAGAGCGCUCUCUCUUUUAAGGAAAAUCUUUCUCCGAGAACUGAUUUGAAGAAAGAGACGUAAAUAUUAGAAAUAUUGUGAUACAUAGAUUUAUUUUGGAUUAUUUUCGUAGGAUUAAACAAAAUGAAGAUAACGAUUACGGAAAAGAUGAUAAGAUUGUGCAAAGAAAAAAAAAAUACUGUGGCAGUGACAAGUUUUCUACACUUGAGUAAGCUCUUUCUCAUUCAAAGAGAAUCAAAUGACGAAAACAUAUAGCAGAAUGAUAAUAUCAGCAAAAGAUACACAACACAUACACACACAGAAACAAAAUCACAGGAAGCGAAACACACCACUGAGAAGAGAAAACCCAAAUUGAAAAAAAGAACACAUAUUUUUAUAGAGAUCCCUGGCAGCAAAAAAAAAACAAUAAGAAAUGCUACAAAUUAUAAAACGUAAAAAUAUGGUUUCCGCCAUGUUGUGAAUGUCGUCAUUUUUUCUACGAAACACCGACCCAUCAUCAUCAUCAGCAGCAGCAGCAUCACAACCAACCGAAUCAGAGGAUCCGAUCGGAUAAACAAUAAUCAAUAGCUGUUAGAGACAAAUGAAAAAUGUAAAAGUCCCCUUGAAGAAAAAAAAAGUCAUCAAAAUAUUAAAUGAUAUAAAACAAACGAAUCAAAUCAAAACAGUAACACACUCAUUGACACUCACAUACACACGUAUCCACUCAGCAAAGAUGAACGAAACACACAAACACAUACAUAGUCAUUACACUCUAAAAAAAAUUGAUCAGAGUAGGCCAGAAGAGAGAAAAAACAAUAUUAUCAUUUUAUAUAUUUUGCAAAGAAUGAGAGAGAAAGAGAGAAAUAGAAGAAGAAGGGGUAAGGAAGCAUACAAUGGAGAAAAAACUUAUAAAUAGUGGAGAAUGUAGUUAAUUAGAUGAAAAUUAAAUGUGAAAUUGUGAAUGUCUUUAGCGUGUAAGAAGCAAAUAAUUUUUAAGAUUUAAGAAGCAAAACAACAUGAACACACACACAUAGUAGAAUAUGAAAAUUAAAAAAAAAAUACACAGACUCAAACAGAACAGAAGUAAGAAAAAAACAAAUUGGUGUUGUGCGAACAGUGCCAUUGGAACUAGUCGAUGCUGUGUCACCGUCGUCGAAGACGGCAACAACGACGCAUAUAAAACUGAAAAAUUAACUGACAUUUGAAAAAGACUCACAACAACAACAACAAAACCGGAGACAACUCAAAAAUGGUCGUGGAGAUAUUUUUACAAAAACAAAAGAAUCUUAAUGAAAUAACACAAAAGCAAAAUAAAGUAAAACGGACUGACUGAGAAAUCUCGAAUGAGAAAAUGAAAAACUCAAAUGCGGAUUAGAAAAUUAAUCAACGGAGCAGAAGUUACAAGUGGUGCCAUAUAAAACCGGAGACGGAGGAAAAGCGCAUAGAAGCGAUGUGAAGAAAAAAGGGAACGAUAAGACACUUAAUUAAUAGGGUGACAAAGGAAAGAAACAAAAAAAUCGUUGUACAGUAAUUUAGAAACUUAGUGAUAAAAUGACAAAGUGAGACAAAAACAGAAAGCAGAACCGAACAUUGAGUAGUGAAAUCUUCUCCUUCUGCAAAUUUUACUGAUUUUAUCUGGUCGCCAAACGCGUGGUUGCGCUGGCAACACUGUUGCCAUCGCAUUCCGUUGCUAGGCAACGACCGUCUCCCUCUACAUAAAUAUAAACAACACCCAAACAGUGCGCGUGUAGUAGUGAAUCAUGGCGUCGCACGUGUUUGUGCGAUUUUAAUUUGUGCAGAGAAACGCUGUUUUAAUUUCGAUUCAGAAUCGAGCUUAACGUGAGAAAUGAAAUGUGUAAAAAUAAAACAAAUGUUAAUUUAACUACUCUUGAUACACCACAAACGAAACGAAAUCAUACAUACACAGACACAAAUCCGUCUUGCUUCCUGAUUUUAAACUGAUAAGUAGAGAAAAACAAAAAAAAGAAAACAAUCUCUAGCAAAUGUCGAUAUAGUAAAAAAAAAAACAACUCGAAUGGUUGACAGCAAAACAGACAGUAAAAAAACAAAAGAAGAACAACGGUAAAUUCUCUCUUUUCUUGGCUUCUACAGGGUAUUUGUAAUAAAUUCAUAUAGAAAACAGAAUAACAACUUACAAACCACGAUACAAGUGAAAUAGGACAUCUGUAUUCAGAGAACAAUUCCAGAAAUCUGCAAAAGAAAAUAAACUAGUUGAAUGAAAUAGAUAAUGGCAAACAAUACCAAGCAACAUAAUACAAGUAGAAAAAACAGACACGACGGAAAGCUGUCGGAAAAGACGGCAGUGAAAUGGGAAAUUUUCUUCUUUUGACGCAGCAACCACUCAAACACCAACACACAUGUAUACUCGUUUCCUCAGAAUACUAUCACCAAUACUCGCUCAUAACAACAUUAGACUAUUGUUUUUUAGCAUUUUCCUCGAUCGUUUUAACUGAAGACAACCGUAAACCAAAGGACGCUUAUGAAUGGAUUUUCCUCAAAACUCAGUUUUACAUGCUUUCCAUUAAACAAUAUAGAGACACACGCUCUCGCACACAAUAGUAGUUUAUCGGAGAUUUUUUGUAAUCGAUCUAUUUUACGAUUCUUAGUAAAAGUUAAUAUGACUGCAUGCCCCCUCCAUUUUUCCCCUGUGUAUAAAUAUCACCACCUCUUCCUGUGGUGCUGGACUUACGUUGACAAAGCUCGGUACUUCUCGGAUCCUUUAGCGCGAGAUACAUUUACAUGAACGUAGAAACGUAGAGGAUUACUACUACAGAAAAUAGAAGGGAAAAACUAAAAGGAACGUUGAACUGAAAAGCAAUAAAAAAGAAUAAGCUUUGUUUCUACGACUCUGUUGCAACUGCUCUCGAUGCGAGAGUGGAAAAGACUUCUUUCUGUGACUCGAUGUGUUAGUUUCCGGAAAAACGUCCAAAAUUGUGCAAUCCGAAAAUUGUUUCGAAUCAACCACGCCUUUGCUGAUUGAUAAGUCCCACGUUUGUAAAAUUAUGUAUAUAAUUUGUAUAACAAAAAAAAGUGUAUUUAUUGUUUUCUGACUAUCCCACUUCCACGAAAUCCUAGUUUUAACUAAACGAAAGGCAUUUCUCAAAAAUGAACCACUGUUCAUUUUUCAGUUAACUAAAAAAUGUGUACAUAUAGAUUCAAGCAACCCGGUCACUUUUCUCUCGCUCAGCUGAGUUGUGCCAGAGGUUGAUGAAACGAUGGGAAAUUACUUAGUUGUAGAACCUCUAUAUUCGUGAAACUUGUCGUUAUCAAACAACCCAAACCGACACACACACAUACCCCCACAUCAAUUGCUAUAAUAUAGCGAUACACUGUCGGUAAUACCACAAUUGGGACUUUUUGUAGGACCGUUCCCCAUAAGUCUCUUUUUGUAUACUUUUCCCAAAAACCCGCCACGAACUAGGACUGUAAAAUCAAACGUUUUUAACAAACACAUUGGCGAUAACCAAAUGAAAAAAAAAAGCCAUUUGAGAAAAAUCAAAGAUGCAUAACGAGAAAUGUGAAAACAACACAAAUGUUAUCAUUAUUAUUAUCACUGUGGUCAUGUGGAAACUGGCAGCAGUAGUGAGAAAACAAUUGACAAACGAGAGAAACAAACAUGACAUGAAAAAGAAAAAGAAAACGAAAGCUAGUGAGUGAAUCUCCUUUUUUUGUAAUAUAUUAAUGCUAGGGACAAACAAAAACGUAUAUAAAAAAAAAAGAAGAAAACACAACAACAAAUAAAACAGUAAAUUAACAACAACAACAACAACAAGAAAAAGUUGUAUGAAGUAUAGAAAAACCUUAAAACAAGAAAAAAAAAAUUAGUGGUAAAUAAAUUGAAGCAAAUUGACGAAGAGCGACAAACAUAAGAAGCGAAGAAAAAAGAAACACUGUAAAAAUUAUGGGUAGUGCGGAGGAAGAAUGAAAAACCGAAAAGCAACAAUAUUAUUAUUACGAUUAUUAUUAAUUAUUAUUAUUCAUGAAAAACUAAUGAUGAAAGAUAAAUAAAAAAAUAUUUAAAAAAUAAA